UGGAACUAACCAACGGGAGACUUCGUAUCUUGUACGGUGCACCCCAGGAGCCUAUUGGAGGAGAGGCGUCACGUGACAACAUCGUGCAAAUGUUCUUCUACGACGGUGUCAGGACCCUGUCAGCUAUUGAAAUAAGCAUUUGGAAACGGCAAAAUGCAGAACGCGACCUACUGCGACGGUUUGGCAAUUAACAGUGGCUACUCCAAGCAUGGUGCGAAUGGAUUGGCUUACGAGGCCAAUCAGCAGAACUAUUUCUCAACCCUUCAUGUGGAAAGUGACGACCAACGACCGGCCUGUUCCAUGCAGUGCCCCACAAUCUCCGGCACGCUUCACAAUCUGGAAGGCUCACAGAACAAAGGAACCCAAGUUACAGUAGGAGCAAAUGAUCGACUGUGCCCUAAGACCAGAGCAAAUUGCAAUGGGCAAAAGGGGCAAUCAAGCAAUGGGCAAAAUGUAAGGAACGCAGGACACAGUACCCUUACAUCAGCAACUCGCAAGCAAAUCUACCCCUGGAUGAAAGAGUCGCGUCAGAACACCAAGCAAAAAUCAAGUAGACCUGUCACAGGUUCAGAGAGCUGUUCAGGAGACAAUAGUUCAAGCAACUCCCACGCCCCUAAGCGUUCACGCACUGCCUACACUAGUGCACAGCUAGUUGAGCUUGAGAAAGAAUUUCAUUUUAAUUGCUACCUUUGCCGUCCAAGGCGAGUGGAGAUGGCAAAUCUGCUCAACUUGUCUGAGCGCCAAAUAAAGAUCUGGUUUCAGAACCGCCGAAUGAAGUACAAAAAGGAUCAGAAGGGACAGUCUCCAAAUAGUCCAAUUGUGCCGACAUCUGGCAGUAUGGCUGAUGGAGGAGGAUACAUAAGCUCAAUACAUUCUAUGGUAAACAGAAUGCCAUACAAUGCAUUAUCCCCAACAGCUUAUAGCAAUGCUCAGAGGAACACCUACAGCCUGUCUACAUCACAUCCACAAGCCUUAAGCAGUAUGUUUAAAAACUGCCCAUCUUCUCAAAAGACAUACCUUGGAACCCGUUCAGUCAGACCUGAGUGUGACAUGCAGCAUUUCCAAGAUAACAAUCAUAUUGGUGUGCAAAUGCAGGGCAUUAAUGAAUAUGUAGGUGCUAAUGGAACCUAUGUGGAUAGCAUUGGAAGCAGUGAAAGCUCAAUUUACAACCUGCCACAGCUCCCUCAAGAUACUCAUGACAAUAUAGACUACAAUAGUGCCAUCAACAUGGGAAACAGCCAUUAUGCUGGAGCACUGGAGCCAGAUCAGUACUCAUACUCAGACUUUACACAACACUACUCUCAGGGAAAAAUACAAGAAGCAUCUAAAUUGACACAUUCAUAACAUGACUAAGCAUUUUAUGUUAUUUAUCAAUUGCACACAUCUCAUGAUUUCUUGUUGAAUCUUCUUGUUUUUAAAUUGCUCUGUUUUUAAAUAUACUGUUAUAUUUUCACAUUGAUUUUAGAUGAUUAGACACAGGGUAGGGUAAGGGUAAACAGGGUAGAGUCAAGAACAAGUUGGAAGUUCCAAAUGUGAAGGAUAAUUCUGAUAGACUGCUGUUCUACAAUCAAAGGUUUUCAUUUUUUAAUUGACAUUUUAUGUUGUACUUAAAGAGAAGUAGCCAACAACUUAGAUGUCUAUUUCAACUGGCUUACAUAUCAAAAUCAGGCUGUACAGAAAUGCAAAUUUCUAUAUACUUCAAUACUCUAUGAAUACACUAUGAAUUUCUAUUAUUCUACAAAGUCUUCCAGUAUAUUAUACUAGGCAAAGAUGGCAUUGUUCCCUACUACUUUAUGGACUUAAUCACAAUAGUGUGAGAUCUAUAUCGGAAGAUCAACCCUAUCACUAUGCCACCAACACAGUGGAAAACAGGUUUUUGGGAAGCAGACAUUUUCCUUCACAAUUUAUCAUAAGAAAUAGGCCUUUUUAAUAAUUGUCAGAUUGCUUUAAAUAGCGUUUGAGAAAUGUAGAUCUUUCUAGAAAGCUUUCUCCUUUCUAAUGUGAGCAAGCUAACUAUUUUAAAGCAGUAACAUCAUUCCCAAACCUACAAUAUUAUGUAUUAUUUACUUCAGAUUGCAGGUUUGUUAGAUACUAACAGCAAGCAAGCUAUAAAGCUUAGAUUAUUGACAUAUAAAGAAGUGCUUGGAUGUGUUAAUUCUCUCAUGCAUCAUUUUAAUGAACAUAAUAAUGAAGUAUUUGUUUUGUGACCAGGGUUGGAACAUUACAAAAAAAGAGAUGAACCAAAGGUAGCCUCAGUUUCCUGUUAUAGGCAUUUAGGAAUGAAGUCUGAAGUGAUCUUUAUCUGUUGUAGCCCAUCCCCCUCAAGGUUUGCCAUGUUAUGGGAUCUGAGAUACUUUUUCACUCACCAUGGUUGUAAAGAGUGGUUAAGUGAGUUACCAUGGAUUUCCUGUCAUUGAUACCAAUCUGGCUGUUUUAAUGCAAUCUCCCUCAUUGUUCACUGAAUGGGUUUACACUUGCACCAUUUUUUGUACACUCUGUAGAUUUAUUCUGUAAGAACAUCAUAGGUGAAUCACAGCUACUGAAAUGCUCGAGCUAGCACAAAUAAUCAGUCAUAAAUUACAGAGAUAAUGUUUCCCCAUUCUACUGUUUCAGAAACCUGCAGGGUUUCAGAAACUCUAUUUACUGGAUAGAAUUUACAGCUGUUUGUUUCCAGUGAGCUGAAAACUACAGAAAUGAUGUAAUGUUUACUCGAACCAAUUGGGCUCUUGAGAAUGCUGACCAGAGGUGGAACAUAUGGUUCCUACACAUAAGUUAAUAUGUUUCUGGUACCUCUGCAUAUGUUUAAUAACAAAGUUGAACUGAAUAGAGUCAUAUAUUAUAUUGUAACUGUGUUAUAUCUGGGUUUAUUUCUGGACAUUGAUUUCCAUACUGGCCCUAAGACCUGGAGUGUUGUUAUGAAAUAAUCUACAUAGUUCAUAGACAAAGUUCUACCAGGUCAGAAGCUUGGUUUCCUUUGGAUGGAUAAGCUUUAGUUCUUAUCAUCCAUUCCUAGUCUUAGCUGCCAUUGAAUUGUAGCAUUAAUUCUGCUAAGUGGUUAACAAAAACAACUUUAUACACAAUUUAAGG